CAGGUGGCACCAGGGCGCCAGUCAGUCCACCGACCACUCGAGUUUGUGUUGACACACUUGCGCGUACCUCGCUGUCAUGCAAACGUUGCUCCUCUCGUGCGUGACAUUAUAACUACAUAUUAACAGUGAACACCGACAAGCAGCUCGUCCGUGCGCGUCCCGUGCGCCCCCAGAUAGACCUCAAGGAAAGACCAUGUCGACCGCCUUCUCCUUCCAGACGCAGCUCGUCUCCAUCAUGGACGCGUUAUCCAAAACGGCCGUUAUGGAAAUCAGCAAACUGGUGGAGAUCGAGUCGAAGAUGCUGAAAAUCGAGAUAACCCGAGGGCGCAACGAGAUCUCCUCCCUCACCGAGAAGCUGCAGCUGAUGGAGAAACUGCUUUAUAUGGCACAGGGGGGCAGGCAGGAGGCGGCAGCAGCAGCAGCGUGCACGGUGGUGAGGGCAGCUCCAGCCAACAGGGCACUGGAGCCGGACAGGACAAGACCUGCCAUGAAGAGUGAGAUCCCGUGGGAAAGCAUAAGCUCCUCCACUGAGAUCAGCAGUUUGCAUCACGUUGAGGAGGAGCAGGCUGCAGCUGAGCUUCCGCAGAAAGAGCAGCCUGAUCUUAUCGUGGUGAAAGAGGAGCCGGCAGAGGUGGAGACCAGAGAUAGGACCAGUGAAACCAGAAGGAAGGCGGUCACGGACACUCAGAGGAGCUUGGACGUGAUGAAGAGCCACAAACCGAUCGCAGAGCGUCAACAGCCCGUGUUCCCUGAAAACUUUGUGACCCUGAACACCCAGUCACCCCUCGCUGGACCAGGGAGGAGGGUUACACAGUGGAAUCAACAGCUCGCCCCUGCAAACACAUCAAACCUAGAGGCCGGGAAAAGCAUCGCUCAAAACGUUGCCUCCCAAAGCUUAAGCAUGCUCCGAAAUAUGAAGAUUCACACUUUGAGGAACACUGGUGCCAAGAGGUUUGCCUGCCUGCAGUGCGGCAAGAGCUUCAGGUGCUUUAGUCAGCUGGAAAUCCACCAGAGGAGCCACACAGGAGAGAAACCCUUCAGGUGCACGCUGUGUGGAAAGAGAUACGCACAGAAAGGACAUCUGUACACACACCAGCGCACACACACUGGGGAGAAGCCGUAUCGCUGUCCAAUUUGCGGGAAGGGCUUCAUUCAGAAAUGCACUCUUGAUAUGCAUCAGCGCACACACACCGGAGAGAAACCUUUUGUUUGUAUCAAAUGUGGCAAGGGUUUCACGAAGAACUGUAAUCUGAAAAAACACCUUGCGGUACAUUUAGAUCCUGGUCUGACCAUGUAUGGCUGUGAUUCGGCUGCUUCAACAUUCAGUGUGACAUUAAUUAAUGGAACCACUUAACAGAGUCAAAUGUAACUUCCACAGCUCUUUGUUUGAAACAAAUAUUUAUAAUAAAGGUUUUAUCUUUGCUCCAGAUUUGAGUGGCA